AUGACAGCUGUCGAAACCCAAAUAACAUACACCAACUCCUACACGAUCCAACAUGAAGACGCGUACAUGACCCAGGAGGAGGACUGGGACAGGGAUCUGCUGCUGGACCCCGCCUGGGAGAAGCAGCAGCGGAAGACCUUCACAGCUUGGUGUAACUCCCACUUGAGGAAGGCCGGGACACAGAUUGAGAACAUUGAAGAGGAUUUCAGAAAUGGCCUCAAACUCAUGCUGCUGCUGGAGGUCAUAUCAGGUGAGAGGCUGCCCAAACCCGACAAAGGCAAGAUGCGUUUCCACAAGAUCGCCAACGUUAACAAAGCUUUGGACUUCAUCUGCAGCAAGGGGGUCAAGCUGGUGUCUAUUGGUGCUGAGGAAAUCGUCGACGGUAACGUGAAGAUGACUCUUGGUAUGAUCUGGACCAUCAUCCUGCGUUUUGCCAUCCAGGACAUCUCUGUGGAAGAGACCUCUGCUAAGGAGGGUCUGCUGCUGUGGUGCCAGAGGAAGACUGCCCCCUACAGGAACGUCAAUGUACAGAACUUCCACAUUAGUUGGAAGGAUGGCCUGGCCCUGUGUGCCCUCAUCCACAGACACAGACCCGACCUCAUUGACUACUCCAAACUGAGAAAGGACGACCCCAUCGGUAACCUGAACACCGCCUUCGAGGUGGCUGAGAAGUACCUGGACAUCCCGAAGAUGCUCGACGCUGAAGAUAUCGUGAACACACCCAAACCUGACGAGAAGGCCAUCAUGACCUACGUGUCCUGCUUCUACCACGCCUUCGCCGGCGCAGAACAGGCCGAGACAGCUGCCAACCGUAUCUGCAAGGUGCUGGCCGUCAACCAGGAGAACGAGAAACUGAUGGAGGAGUACGAGAAGCUGGCCAGCGAGCUUCUCGAGUGGAUCCGUCGCACCAUCCCCUGGCUGGAGAACCGCGUGGCGGAGCAGACCAUGCGCGCCAUGCAGCAGAAGCUGGAGGAUUUCCGUGACUACCGUCGCGUCCACAAGCCGCCCCGCGUGCAGGAGAAAUGCCAGCUGGAGAUCAACUUCAACACCCUGCAGACCAAGCUGAGGCUCAGCAACAGGCCCGCCUUCAUGCCCUCUGAGGGCAAGAUGGUGUCGGACAUCGCAAAUGCCUGGAAAGGUCUGGAGCAGGUGGAGAAGGGUUACGAGGAGUGGCUGCUGACAGAGAUCCGCCGCCUGGAGAGACUCGACCACCUGGCCGAGAAGUUCAAGCAGAAGUGCGCCAUGCACGAGGCCUGGACUACAGGUAAGGAGGAUCUUCUGUCCCAGAAGGACUACGAGUCGGCCUCUCUGAUGGAGAUCAGAGCCCUGAUGAGGAAGCACGAGGCCUUCGAGAGCGACCUCGCCGCUCACCAGGACAGGGUGGAGCAGAUCGCCGCCAUCGCUCAGGAGCUGAAUGAGCUGGACUACCACGAUGCUGCUACAGUCAACACCCGCUGCCAGGGUAUCUGUGACCAGUGGGACAAUCUGGGCACUCUCACCCAGAAGAGGAGGGAUUCACUGGAGCGUGUGGAGAAGCUGUGGGAGACCAUUGACCAGCUGUACCUGGAGUUCGCCAAGCGUGCGGCACCCUUCAACAACUGGAUGGACGGAGCCAUGGAGGACCUGCAGGACAUGUUCAUUGUCCACAGCAUUGAAGAGAUCCAGAGUCUGAUCACAGCUCACGACCAGUUCAAGGCUACUCUGCCCGAGGCCGACAAGGAGCGCAUGGCCACUCUGGGCAUCCACAACGAGAUCCUGAAGAUCGCCCAGACCUACGGCAUCAAGCUGUCCGGGAUCAACCCGUACACCAACCUCUCCUCCCAGGACAUCAGCACUAAGUGGGACACUGUGAAGCACCUCGUGCCCCUCAGAGACCAAAUGCUCCAGGAGGAGGUGGCCAGGCAGCAGGCCAAUGAGAGACUGAGGCGCCAGUUUGCCGCUCAGGCCAACAUCAUCGGACCCUGGAUUCAAACCAAGAUGGAGGAGAUCAGCCACGUGUCUGUGGACAUCGCCGGCUCCCUGGAGGAACAGAUGAACAGCCUGAAGCAGUACGAGCAGAACAUCAUCAACUACAAAUCCAACAUCGACAAACUGGAGGGAGACCACCAGCUCAUCCAGGAGUCCCUCAUCUUCGACAACAAGCACACCAACUACACCAUGGAGCACAUCCGUGUGGGCUGGGAGCAGCUGCUCACCACUAUCGCCAGAACCAUCAACGAGGUCGAGAACCAGAUCCUGACCCGCGACGCCAAGGGCAUCAGCCAGGAGCAGCUCAACGAGUUCAGGGCCUCCUUCAACCACUUCGACAGGAAGAGAAACGGCAUGAUGGACCCAGACGACUUCCGUGCCUGUCUCAUCUCCAUGGGUUACGAUCUGGGUGAGGUGGAGUUUGCACGUAUCAUGACCCUGGUGGACCCCAACAACACGGGCGUUGUGACCUUCCAGGCCUUCAUCGACUUCAUGACCCGUGAGACCGCCGAGACCGACACUGCAGAACAAGUCAUGGCCUCCUUCAAGAUCCUGGCUUCAGACAAGAAUUACAUCACGGUGGAGGAGCUGCGCAGGGAGCUGCCUCCCGAGCAGGCGGAGUACUGCAUCACCCGCAUGACCAGGUACGUCGGACCGGACUGUCCCUCCGGCGCCCUGGACUACAUCUCCUUCUCCAGUGCCCUCUACGGAGAGAGCGACUUAUAAGCGCAGCUGCUUCUCUUCACGUCCUCCUCCUCCUCCUCACCCCUUCUUCCCAGCUUCUCUUAUUUCUCCUGUCUGGAGAGAGCGAUUUUAAACCCUUCCACUGUCCCUUUAAAACACGUUAUUCUUUUUUUUUUUUUCCCCCACCACCUUCUCAAAUCUUAACUUUAUUCCCCUCUUCCUAACUCCGCCCAUCCCUCUUUUUAAAACACAGGAACACUGCUCAGAGGGGAAGAGCAGAAGACUUUGCUCAGACCUCACAAACUCUGUUCAGGCUGCUCAGCUCCUCUCUCGUUUAAAAGAAAAGAAGAAGAAAAAACAGGUGUACCAGUUAUUGCACUGAACUUAUGUAAGCAGCAUACAUAAUGACAUACCUGCCUUCACAAGGCUUUAAAGAGAAGGAGGCAACGAGAGAGAACGAAAGUUAGAUUAUUUUUGAGCAAAGCCGUGUGCUCUUCCCCUCUCCUCCUUUUUUUUUUUUUUUUUUUUUUUUUUGUAGAAGGGUGAUCAAAGAAGAAAACGUGAUUGGUCAGUUGGCUUGGUUGGUUGUGUAUUUGUGCAGAUGCAUGCUAUGUUGAAGUUUAGAGAAAAAAAAAACGGCCUUUUGAGUCACCGACUCGCCCUCACACGAACCCCCGCAGGAGCCCGUUCACGAGUGCAGUCAGCAGAGGAGCGAGGCCUGUCGGGUGCUACUGAAAACUCUCACCACAGCACUGUGAAACCUGAAUGUUAGCAAAGAUGCGAUUUAACCUGGAGAUCUUAAAGCCUUAAGAAACUCAGGAACACACGGAGGACGAAUGGGAGCGCCGAGUAUUAAAAGACACAGGUGGGGGGAACGGGAGGAGAGCGCCGUGGCUGGGCGGUGACUCGGGAACGGAUACAGAAAGAUGAGCUGUUAUGGCCAGAGAGAGCGACCUCUCCCACACGCCUCUCUUAUUAAACUCCUUUUUUUAGCCUUUUUUUGGGCUAAUUGUAAAAUUACGAGGAGAAGGGGGACAGAGACAGAGAGAGGUGUCAGACAGGGCAUCAGGAAAGUUGUGGAUGAAACGGGAAGAAUCAAAACUGUACGUGGAACCAUAGCAGGCGUACUCACAACACAGGGUUUAGGGUAGCAUUUGAAGAGAAGAGGUCAGCCACGACGAUCGCUGUGUUAGGCUCCUCCCUGUGCAUGAUCUCGAUAUCUUAACUCAUCUGUGCUCCAUUUUCCUCCUCCUCCCCCUCAUCCCUAACUCAUGCUGUCUCAUCACUGAUGCCACUCUUUCAGUCAUAUGUUAAAAACCUCAACUUGAAAAUAAAAAAGGAAAAUUAUAUUAUUAAAA